AUGUCCUCCUCAUCUGCAUUCGCAAGCGCCGUCCGUAACUGCGACGAGUGCUCCUCGUCUUCUCCGGAAAGAUUUCAAGAGUUUCUCGACCACCUCGUGGACGCGUAUCAUCGACAUCACCUUGCGUCAACUUUGACGAAUUGGAAAACAGGAAAAUUGAUGGCUCGAUUGCACUCGAAACUGUUCGGUGAUGGUGAGGACGACCGCAAACCACGAGAAGGAGGAAAGAGCCACAAAACAGUCUCAGACGAGGAGGAAAAAAAACUCGAAAGAUUGAUCGAGCAAUUGGCGACGGAUGCAAUCUUGAUUUUGAAAAAAGCAGUUGGCCAGGAUUGGACGGCGGAUGCCUUGGCAGAGAAGUUAUUGAAGGAAUACGAGUGCGGCGCGGAGUUGGCGAGUUCUAUGCACGAGAUUUUUUCGAAAGAUAAAGAUAAGUUACAGAGGAGUUUCGCGAGAGGCACGUUUGGAAUGGUGAAGAGAUUAGAGUCCGCGUGUUGGAGAACGCAGGUUAGUUUGUAUGAUAGUAAAACUAGUAAAAAUAAUACGGCGACGAACACGGAUAAAGGAGACGAAGUGACCGCGGUGUUGGAGCUUCGCAUGGAAAAGAACGACACGACGUCGAUAGAGUUUAAGAAAGAGGAAUUGUUUACGUUUUUCAAGGAGUUGGAAACGAUUCAGAUGAAAAUAGAUGACCUUAGUUAG